CUUUUCUCGGUGAGAAUGUCUGGCCGCGGCAAGGGCGGGAAGGGCCUGGGCAAAGGCGGCGCCAAGCGCCACCGCAAGGUGCUUCGCGACAACAUCCAGGGCAUCACCAAGCCCGCCAUCCGGCGGCUGGCCCGGCGCGGCGGCGUCAAGCGAAUCUCCGGCCUCAUCUACGAGGAGACCCGCGGGGUGCUCAAGGUGUUCCUGGAGAACGUGAUCCGGGACGCCGUCACCUACACGGAGCACGCCAAGCGCAAGACGGUCACGGCCAUGGACGUGGUCUACGCGCUCAAGCGCCAGGGCCGCACCCUCUACGGCUUCGGGGGCUGA